AUGGAGAAAUCUUGGAGAAGAAGAGAUGGGAAAGUUGCAAUAUUGGCAAAGCAGCUUUGCAAAGGGUUUCUGAAAUGGAGAAAUCUUGGAGAAGAAGAGAUGGGAAGGUUGCGAUAUUGGCAGAGCAGCUUCACAAAGGGUUUAGUUUGGCUGUUGCUAUUAGGUUACCUUGGCCAAUACAUUCGGGACAUUCAAACGGAGCAGCUCAAGAUUACUCUGUGGAAUGAAGAAGUAUUAUUGGAAAAUGUUAAGCUGAUUCUUGAAGCUUUUGAUUACCUUCAGUUCCCAUUUGCUUUAAAGCAAGGUCAUGUUUGCAAGUUGAGUAUUAGGAUUCCAUGGAAAAAGCUUGGCUGGGAUCUUGUUAUAAUCAUCUUAGAGGAUGUAUUGAUCUGUGCCUCCCAAGGAGAUGAAAAAGAGGCAGUGACUGUAUUUGCUAUGAAGUUUUCAAGCUUGACAAUUAUGAAGCAACAUUUUCCUAGGUAAGUGUUGAAGAUGUGAUGCAAAUGCUAGACGAAAUAGAGAAAGAAUCUGACAUUGAUGAGACCUUAUGUUAC